AUGUCAAAAAUUAUUGUGACAUUGAUUUUAUAAUCCGCCAUUUUGUCAAUUUAUAAUGGUAUUACCUAAACUUAGUAAAGUUUCUUUUUAAUGUUGGAUAUAUUCUUACUUUUAGGAUAAUAUGGAUAAAAUCUAUCAUUGAUUUUGUUAAUUGGUAGUAUUUGUUUAUCAAAUGAAUUACUAAUUGCCGAUGAGAAUGUAAAUUAUAUAUUAAUCUAGAUUAAAUGUUAUUAUAUUAGUAUGCGUUUUAUUCUUAGUGCCAAUUUACUAUUGGAAAAAUAGAAAUUUAUUUACUUUAUAAGUUGUCUCUUUUAUUUACUUUUCAGGGCUCAUCUAUACUUAUAACCAUUAUCGUAUUUAACUAUAUUUGGAUAUUUAAUGAUUGUAAUAAAAUGUAAAAUUUUGAAUUAAUGCAAAGGUCUUCAUCAAAAUUUAAGUAAUGGAAAUUCUAAGAAUACCUAAACUAACCAACUUUUAGAUUUUUUUAAAGUAAGUCUACCUAUUCCAAUCUGUAUAAUUCAAAAUAAUGGUAUUAAAUUUAGUUAUUCUUAGCAUUUUUGUUUAAGACUGAUUAGUUUAUUACAGAAUAUGUAGAUAUCACACCUUAAAUUAUAAGACAGUUACAUUCCUAAAAGGAUAAGGAUAGUCUUAUUAAUUACUUAUCAAAUAGAAAAUUGGUAGACAAUAAUUACUAUAUAUACUAAGGAGGAAAAACAAUGGAAAAUUGCAAUAUUUUGUAAAAUGAAAUUCAAAGUGAAUUUUAUUGUAAUGUUAAAAAUUACUUUCCAGUUGAUAUAGAGGUUUCAGAAAUAGUUUGGGAAUAACAACCAGCUACAAUGCUCAUUUUUAAAACUUAAUAAGAGCGAUAAGAUUAGAAUUUGAUUAAGGAAUUAAAAUAGAGAGAUUAAUAUAAAGAUGAACUGUUGGCAAGUGUUUCACAUGAUUUCAAAACACCAAUUAAUGGCAUAGUGGCUAUAGUAUAAUUUCUAGAAUAGUAAGUAUUUUUAAUUUAAUUUAAGGAUUGUAGUUGAUUAAAAUGCACUUAAUUAUUUAAAAAUAUUAAAGAAAUGGGCAUAAUUAUUAUUAUUUAUGAUUAGUGACAUUUUAGAUUUCUCAAGAAUUUAAAAUAAUACUCUUAGAUUAACAAACACUACAUUUUAUAUAUAAGUUAUUGUUUAAGAGAUUAUAGAUUUAAUUUCUUUAUAAGCUAGUCAGAAAGGAAUUUAGGUUGAAAAAUAAAUCACAUUUGGAGAUAGAAUGAUGUAUUCAGAUCCGAAUAGAAUUAAAUAGAUAUUAUUAAAUUUAUUAAGUAAUUCCCUAAAAUUUACUUAAAAGGGCAAUAUAAAUAUUUUAGUUGAUUAUAAAAAUAUUGAUUAAGAAGGUUAAUAAAAAAUAAUUACAAUAAGUGUUUCAGAUACAGGAGUAGGUAUUCCAGAUAAUAUUAAACCAAAGUUAUUUUAAAUGUAUGGCACUUUUGAUUUUACUAAUAAUGGUUCAAAUAAACAUGGUAUUGGUUUAGGAUUGGUAAUAUGUAAAAAGUUAGUUGGAUUAUUGGGUCCUACUGAUAAAAUUGAAUUGAACAGUAAAGUUGGUGUUGGAUCAACAUUUAGUUUUGAUGUAUAUACAGAUAUUGAUUAAAAAGAUAGUGCUACUAAAUAAUACUAAAAAGAAAUGACAAAUUUAUAUAAAUAAGAUACUAAAUAAAGCUACUAUGAUCAUUAAAAUGCUAAUAUACUCUAAACUUCUUAGUUUACUAUUUUCAACUAAACCAUCCACUCUAAUACAAUUAACAGUAAUUUAAAUGGAAUCAAAAAAAAACAAAAUAAGAAAUCUUUAGGUACAUUAAAGGAUAUAAAUGAUAAAAUAGUAUCUAAUAAAACAUAAUAAUUUCGAUCUUUAAAUCCUAAUAAAUUAUUAUAAUAUUAAAGAGACAGUUCUAUAAAUAAUAUAUCCUUAAAUUUAGAAGACUCUGAUAAUUCCAAAACAAGAAAUAUUGAAUAUUAUUUAGAGUUUCAUAAUGAUAUCACUUAUGCCACAUAAGCUUAUAAAAAUUAAAGGUAUAUUGAAAUGAAUAAAAGUCCAAUAAAUACACUUGUUGACUAAAAUGAAAGUUUAGAGUAUCCUGUUUUACAUAUGAGAAAUCGUAAACCAUUAUAAUUUAAUGAAUCAAUCGAAGAAAUGAUGAAAAUCUUAUUUCCAUAACCAUGUACAAUUUUAGUUGUUGAUGAUUCACCAGUUAAUGUCUUUGCAUUCAGAUUAAUCAUGAAGAAAUACGAUUUUAUUAAUAUUGAAGAAGCCUACAAUGGAGAAUAAGCCCUUUAGAAGAUUAGGGCUAAUAGGUUAAAUGGAAAAAAAUAUCAAUAUAUUUUUAUGGAUUUAACAAUGCCUAUUAUGAAUGGAUAUGAAGCUACAGAAUAGAUUAGGAUUAUGGUAUCAUAUUUAUAUUUAUUUUUAUGUGAUUCUAGGAGAAAGACAAUUUAACUGAUACAAGCUUCAUUAUUGCCUUAACAGGAUAUGACGAUCUUAAGGAGAAAGAGAAAUGUUAAUAAAAAGGGUUUGAUGCAUUUGUUUCAAAGCCUAUUAAAAUAAUUGACAUAAUCUCUGUUGUUAAUGAGGUAAUAAAUAUGAAAGAAUCUUUAAUUUGA